AUGUUCUUGAAUAUUGUACGAAGAACCAAGCUUUCGAACUUUGUCGCGCCACUUAAAAAGAUUGCGUUGCGUUAUUAUUAAUGAUAGAAAUCUGAACUGUACGAAAUCAAUGAAGUUUUAUUCAGUGUUCCUAUGUGCAUUGAUCAUACAUACUGCUUCGGCAGCUUAUGAAGAUGCUCGAUGUAAAUGUGUCUGUUUCCUUCCAAGCUCUCAUAUGAAUAAUACUAAAUCAUCAAAGAAAAUAUAUGUCAAAGCGAUUCCUUCUGAAAAAUGUACUUCUGAAUAUAUGUUACCAAAUGACACAGAGUCUCAUCGUUAUUGUGAAUGUAAAUUCCAGGUUCGGAAUACUGCUACAAUAAAAGUUGUCGUUUGCCUUAUUCUAACAAUCAUUACAGCAUUAGUUUUAUAUAUGCUAUUUCUCUUACUACUUGAACCGUUAUUAUCUACAAGACGUUUAUCACAUAAAACAAUCAUUGAUAUGGGAAUAUGUUCAGAACCAAAGUCAAUGAAUUGUAUUGUUGAUCAAACUAAUGAUGACAGGAUGAACAAUGCUAGAUCAACUAGUUCAUGGGCGAAUAUAAAUAUUCCUGUUAGUAGUAACGAGAGUAGCAAUUCAGCUGUUUAUUCUAAAGCAAAUGAAAAAGCAGUUAUUUGGGAUAAAACUAAUUUGAAUUCUAAACAAUCAAUGGAUUCGAAUUUGAGAAUUGUCACUCCUUCAAUUCACGGCCGACUACGUAAUCGUUCUGGGCUAAUUUCAAAUGAUCCAAUUGAAGAUACUAAUGGAUUAAAUUUGACUACAAUACCUUCUACAUCUGUUGGCGUAUCCAAUGUUGUAAAUCGUGUUCGAGAUCAACAACAACGUUGGAAAGGAAAUGUUGAAGCACAACGUACUCGUGUUUUCAGUGAACGCAGUUUAUUAAAUUAACAUGUUUGUAGCAUACUGAUUUAUCUAAAUCUCUUUUCUUUUCUUAAUAAACUAACAUUGGUUAGUGGUCUUGAUUAAUUUAUCUAAAAAUUCACAUAACCUGUUAAUUCUCUCUAUCUCUCUCUGAUAUAAUUCAUUUAAUAAAAAUAAAUAAAUAGUUGCACUAUCUUUAAAAAAAGAACUGAAAUAAAAUGUCAUAAAUCUUAUUGGAAUGCUGAAUUGUGUGUAUAUAAAAUUUAUUUUGGUUAACAUUCGAUUCAUUGAAAUUUUUUGAUCUCAUCAAAUACUCAAGUAUUUAUUGCAUGAUCAAAUUAACUAGUGUGAUUAUGGAUAUUUGCAGAUUUGAUUGCAAUGUAAUAAUAUUUAUUGUUGUGUUUUAUUUUUCCUUUUCUCUCAUAAUUUUGUCUAAAAUGCACUCACAUGAUGUGUGUGUGUGUUUAGAAUGCAAAAUACAUUAAUUUAUAAGAUUGAAA